AUGGCCAUUGUGAUCCUGUCGAGAGGAAAGUGCGGACUCUCCAGGUGCAUCACUCUCUACCUGGUGGCCAUGGCAACGGCGGAUCUGAUGGUCAUUUUCACCGAUGUGAUACUGUACACGAUCAUUUCUUUUCAUUUCCCGGGAACUUAUAUGGACACCACUCCUGCAAGAUCCCUCCUGCUUGUCCUGCUCUCUGCGGCCACCGAUGUCUCUGUCUGGCUCACCGUCACUUUCACCUUUGAUCGAUUUGUUGCCAUCUGUUGUCAGAAGCUGAGAAGCAAAUAUUGCACCACGGAAACUGCCACAGUGGUUCUAACAGUAGUGAGUGUGGUGCUCAGUCUGAAGAACAUCCCUCUGUACUUUAUAUAUGAGCCUGAGUAUAUUGUUGAUGAUGUACCCUGGGGGAACACCAUAUCACUGAGUUUUUACACAGAAACUGCAUGGGUAGCUUUUGACUUGUUCUGCAUUACUUUAACUCCUUGCUUCCCAUUCCUUCUGAUUCUGCUGCUCAACGCUCUGACUGUCAGAUCCAUUCUGGUGACGGGUAAAAUCCGCAGGAGGCUCCAGAAAAGCAGUAACUGUGAGGAUCGCAACGACCCAGAGAUGGAGAAGAGAAGGAAAUCCAUCAUCUUGCUCUUCACCAUAUCAGGCAGUUUUGUAGUUUUGUGGAUGACAAGAGUGCUGCAUUUUCUUUAUUACCGAAUCACCAACAAACACGAUCUCACGGGUCCGGGCCACAUCGCUGAACAAACUGGCUACAUGCUGCAGCUUCUGAGCUCCUGCACCAACACCUGUAUUUAUGUGGUGACCCAGACUAGGUUCAGAGAGCAGCUGAGGGAUGCCCUGUUGUACCCAUUCACUGCGGUUGUUGCAUGGUUUCAUUGA